AUGGCCAAAGCGGGUUUCAUCUGUGCCUCGUCAAUACACAAUCCCGAUAAUGUGAUGUGCGUGUAUUGCGAUGUGAGCCUCGGCGACUGGGAACAAAAGGAUGAUCCCAUGAAAGAACAUCGUAAAAGAUUUCCUUCAUGUCCUUUCUUCGAUAAACCACCGUUGAAAGCGAAAAAGCAAAAGGAUGCUGAAAAGGUGAUAACAAAAAGAACCAGGAGACAGAAGGUUGAACAGGUGUCUAUCGUCAACGUUGAGGAAGAUGAGAUGGAGACGUUGGACAGAAUGGUUGGUCACCUUACGCUGGGUGAAAAUUCUGGCCGUGAUUCAAAACAAAUAAUUAGAAAAUCCACAUCGAUCGGUAUGUGCAACGAUGCCGUGAUCGAGGAUAAUCGUGAGGUUCCGAUUGACGGUAGAGAAUCACGAGGAUCAACCUCAACGCAGAGAAAGACAGAGGAGAAAUCGAAUUCGGAGGUUGACGAAGUUGAGAGUCUAGGUUUGGGAAGCAUACAAUCCAUGAAUCUAGGCGGUGAUGAUAUCUUAUUUAUCAACAAUGAUAGCACGCGCAAUUCGUCUGUUCUGCGAUACAACAACGAAGUCGUGAUUAUUGAGGAUGAUGAAAACCGAGCCACAGACUUGCCGGUUUUCCAAAAAGAUUUGGAAAUCAAAGAAAACCGUCAACAAGCGACUUCCCAUCCGCAACAAAAUAACGUGAUAAUGCAAAGAGAUGCAACAGAAAGGAGCGUAGAAAAUGUUGAGCAUGAAAUGCUCCCGAGAGUUGAAAAAGACGACACGAAUGUGUUGAAAUUUGUUGUUGAAAAGGAGAUCGUAGAAGACUUUAACUAUGAACUUUUAGGUAUCAUUGAUGAUGGUGAAUGCGAUGAAUUGCUGGCUGAAACAAACUCAGCGAACGAUGAAUGUAAA